UUCUUUUCCCUUCCCAUGGCCGUGGCUACCCUCGGUCCCAUCCCCAAAUCCCAGCGAGAGAUUUCCGCCGCCGCCUUCCUCUUCCUGCCAAGCGGCUACUCCCUUCUCCUCUGCCCCGAGCUCAUCGCUCUCCGGAUUUCCACGCCGCCGUGGAGGGGUCAGUCUGUUCCAGGCUGCCGCGUGAGCAGGAGAAGGGGCAGCCGGAGAGGCGGGGUAAGGUGCCUUCGCUGCGAAGCCGGCGACGGGCGUAGAGGUGCAGCCGCCGGUCACUCCGAUCACUUGGCUCCUUCUCCUUCUGGAUUAAUCAGAAGCAAAAUUAGACUGCAGCUCGUGUCCACCGAAAGUAAGGAAACUACUAGGAUGCAUCUCGUGUAUGAUGAAGCCACUGUCGCCGUUGACGGCCUGGCCAUGGCUUUCCUGCCCACACUUGAGCUCAACGCGGAGGGCAAUCGAGUGACAAGGACAUUCAUUUGACACUACUGAUGCCAAUGCUAUGACUGAUCGGUCUGGAAUAAGGUGACUCACACCUCAUGAGCAGCCAUUAAUUUCUCCUUCAUACAUAAGCAGUGCACUAUUGUUUCAGGCCUAGGGGACAUGCGACUGCAAUUUUGUUAGUAAUGAUUGGUAGCAUCAGCAUAGAGUACUAGACCACUUCACUUUUUUGAACAUUUACCAAGUUUUAAUCUUGACAAACUAUGAACGAGUUGUGAUGCCUGCAUAAAAACCUUUCACCUGAUGCAUGCCUAAAAGCCUCAUAUGCAAACAGCGGUCCUGAAACUCCCAAUGCGGAAGGUAUGCUUACACUCCUCUCGUUUCACAUUUGCAGUUUGAUAAUUUACAAUUGGUGGUUGAUAAUAAUUUACAGCUUUUAGUUGAAGUUUGGGGAUAAGGGAUGCAAGGGUCCACCAGUGACUGGACAAAGUCCGUAAAUUCAAAUUAUAUCCGGUUCACACUUUUCGUUCAUAAUAUGCAUGGACAAGCCAUCCAGCCAGCAUAGAAAGGAAGUGAAGCGGACAAACGGGUGGAGAGGGAAUCCCAGCCUGCGGACAAAAUGCGCGAGGAACACCACCCUCUCAUGAGGCUCGGGGGUAGGGACGAUCUAUCCCUUGGCUGGAAGUCGGUGAAUGAUCUCCUUGGCCAGGUAUCCGGCCUCUCGGAGCUCCUUGAUAUCUUUCUUCUUAACGGAGGAGGCCAUCCACUUGCCUGCAGCUCCAGAUCCGGACAUGGUUGGAGUGCUUUCUCGGGAAAGCUAGAGCUUGGGCGCUGGAGCUCAAGGAUGGAAGGGCAGAGGAAGGAGAAGGCAUGAGUAGACAAGGGUGAAUUCUUAUCCCCUUAUAAAGAAUCGCGAAUAUCAAGCGCCUCCUCACUCGCCUUAGAACCCGCCUAUUCCCAAGGGCUGUAUAAACGGCACGGUUGGGUUACCCAUACCCGUAUUGAUGAGAAUCCCGCAAUGAGGGGACACGAUCUCUGCUUUGACAAGACGUGCCAAUGGCAACCGCGUCUCGAAAUGUGGGGCUGCAGUCGGAAAACGGUUUGAAAUCAUGACCGGACAGACGUGAUGUCAUGUUACAAAAAGUUGUCGGCGGAUAGGAUUCGUGAAAUAUUAUAUUCUCUCUACGGUUGUGUGCGGUGUGUGUUACAGGUCUGGACACAUCGGUACAUCCAAAGACUAUUUUGGAGUUCGGAAGGAGGAACCCGCCUUGCAAUGACGAAGACAGAUCUACGCGCCGGAUACCUUGUCAUUGAAGCCAGGUUCAGGGGCUACUGAGGGAGUCCUGGACUAAGGGGUCCUCGGGCGUCCGGCCUGUUAGCCAUGGGCCGGACUGAUGGGCUGUCAAGAUGCGAAGACCAAAGACUGCCCCGUUGUCCAGAUGGGGCUCUCCUUGGCAUGGAAGGCAAGCUUGGCGACCGAAUAUGUAGAUUCCUUUCUUUGUA